AUGAGUGCAGAAGAUUUCUUGAAUGUGCUUAGGCGAUUUUUUGCGCGUCGAGGCAUUCCUAGCCUAAUUAUCUGCGACAAUGCGCCUACAUUUUCUCUAAGCGCCGAAAUCUUGGGUAGUGUGAUUAAAGAUAGCUCACUAAACGACGUUCUAAGUAACAAUACUAUUGAGAGGAAGAACAUAACUCCAUACGCGCCGUGGCAAGGAGGUUUUUAUGAACGGCUCAUCAAGUCUAUAAAACACGCCUUGUACAAAUGUAUUGGAAGAGCGAAGCUGUCUUUUGAUAACCUCACAACCAUCAUAACGGAGAUCGAAGCCACACUCAAUACAAGGCCGCUAACCUAUCAGGAAUCUGACUGUGACGUAUUCACUUCCAUAAGGCCGAUAGACUUCAUCCAAAAGAACAUAGAGGUUACCUGCUCCUUUGAAAACAUCGACAGCGACAAUGUUGAUCCGGAAUACCAUCCCUCCACCGAGCUUGCAAGUUUAGAAACACGAAGGCAAACGGUGAAAGCGCUACAAUCUUCCAUCAAAAUUACGGAACGCUUCUGGAAUAUUUGGCGAGAUCACUCUCUGAGUAGCCUCAGGGAACACCAUCGAACGCGAUUAUCUCAACAUCGCACAAGUACUAUAGUGCCGAGAAAAGGCGCGGUGGUUCUAAUAAGCGACCCAGUUCUACCUCGUAAUGACUGGAAAAUGGCACGUAUCACUGACACAAAAAGCUCAGAUGGGGUCAUAAGGGAAGUCGAAUUAAUCACUUCUACUAGAAGGAAGAUCAGGCGACCAGUAAAUCUCGUCAUUCCACUUGAAUUGGGUGACACAGAUAAUGGUACCUACGAAGAGGGCAAAAAUGGCGAAGUUUGCGAAGAGAAUGCGAACCAAGAUACCCGCUAUGAUUUUCGUACACGAAAAAACAUAAACUAUAGCGAGAAUUCGUUAGCCAAUACAGUGUCUGCGACAUCUCCUGGGUUCUCAUUCUCACCCAAAUUUUCUCUUCUGAUAUUGACUUUGCUUAUGCUUUGUUUCACAUCACUAUCUCACCCAAUCCUCGAAUCACUUAGUAUAGAGUGUCAUAAAAACGGUAUACUGGUAAAAAAUACUAACGCAGCAGAUUUUGAAAUUUGCAUAGAAGAUGAAUGCAAGCUCUACCCCAAACCAUCUUUGCGAGAGUUAGUUCGGUUCUCUCCAGAACGAACUUUACAUGAACACAGCGUUCUUCUCAAAAGGGGAAACGAAUGA